ACAGCAUCAUGCAUUAUGCUAGGAACACCUUCUCACGAGGUAUGUUUCUAGACACCAUCCUCCCCUCUAGAGAUGAGAAUGGAAUCCGUCCUGCCAUUGGCCAAAGAACCAGACUCAGUAAAGGAGACACCACCCAGGCCAGGAAGCUCUACAGAUGCCCCGCGUGCGGCGAGACCCUCCAGGAGUCCACAGGUAACUUCUCGUCGCCCGGUUACCCCAACGGUUACCCCUCAUACACACACUGUGUCUGGAGGGUCUCUGUCACCCCGGGAGAGAAGAUUGUUCUUAACUUCACCACUAUGGAUCUGUAUAAGAGUUCUCUCUGUUGGUAUGACUAUAUAGAAGUCAGAGAUGGAUACUGGAGGAAGGCCCCACUGCUAGGUAGGUUCUGUGGGGAUAAGGUUCCUGAGGUGCUGGUGUCAACAGAGAGUCGGAUGUGGAUUGAGUUCCGAAGCAGCAGCAACUGGGUGGGCAAGGGAUUCACUGCCGCUUACGAAGCUAUCUGUGGGGGAGAGAUCUUGAAGGACCAGGGUCAGAUCCAGUCCCCUAACUAUCCUGAUGACUACCGUCCAUCUAAAGAGUGUGUCUGGAGCAUCACUGUGUCAGAGGGGUACAACGUAGGACUCAGCUUCCAGGCCUUUGAGAUUGAGAGACAUGACAGCUGUGCCUAUGACUACCUGGAGGUGCGUGACGGCCCGGCUGAAUCCAGCCCUCUGAUUGGUCGAUUCUGUGGGUAUGACAAACCAGAGGACGUCCACUCCACCUCACACACUCUCUGGAUGAAGUUUGUCUCAGACGGAACCGUCAACAAGGCCGGCUUCGCUGCCAACUUCUUCAAAGAGGAGGACGAGUGUUCUAAGCCAGAUAACGGGGGGUGUGAACAGAGGUGUGUGAAUACGCUGGGUAGCUUCAAGUGUACCUGCGACCCCGGAUACGAACUGGCACUGGACAAGAAGAGCUGUGAAGCUGCAUGUGGAGGUCUUCUGUCUAAGCUGAAUGGAACCAUCUCCACCCCCGGCUGGCCCAAGGAGUACCCCCCCAAUAAGAACUGUGUGUGGCAGGUAGUUGCUCCGACCCAGUACAGAAUAUCAAUGCAGUUUGAAGCCUUCGAGCUGGAGGGCAAUGAGGUGUGUAAGUAUGACUUUGUGGAGGUGCGUAGCGGCCUGUCAUCAGACAGCAAGCUGCACGGUAAAUACUGCGGCUCGGAGGUUCCCGAGGUCAUCACGUCCCAGUACAACAACAUGAGGAUAGAGUUCAAGUCUGACAACACCGUCUCCAAGAAGGGCUUCAAGGCACACUUCUUCUCUGAUAAAGAUGAAUGCAGUAAGGAUAAUGGCGGCUGCCAACAUGACUGUAUUAACACGGUGGGAUCGUACGUAUGCCAGUGUCGACAUGGAUUCAUACUACAUGAGAACAAACAUGAUUGUAAAGAAGCGGAGUGUGAGCAUAAGGUCCACAGCCCCAGCGGGACGCUGAGCAGCCCCAACUGGCCUGAUAAAUAUCCCAGCAGGAAGGAGUGUAUCUGGGACAUCACCACUACACCUGGACAUAGAGUCAGACUGUCAUUUAAUGAAUUUGAGAUAGAGCAGCAUCAGGAGUGUGCCUAUGAUCACCUGGAGGCAUUUGAUGGGGACGGUGACUCAGCGGCCAUCUUGGGUCGGCUGUGUGGCAGUAAGAUUCCAGAACCUCUGGUCUCCACGGGUAACAAGAUGUACCUGCGUUUCAUCUCUGACGCCUCGGUUCAGAGGAAAGGAUUCCAGGCCACACACUCCACUGAGUGUGGAGGGAGGUUGAAGGCAGAGGCUCGUCAGAAGAACCUCUACUCCCACUCCCAGUUUGGAGAUAACAACUACCCUGGCCAUACAGACUGUGAGUGGUUGGUGACGUCAGAGGAGGGUUAUGGUAUAGAGUUGACCUUUACGACCUUUGAGGUGGAGGAGGAGGCAGACUGUGGUUAUGACUACAUAGAGCUGUAUGAUGGUUAUGACUCUAACUCACACAGACUGGGACGGUUCUGUGGUUCUGGGCCCAGAGAGGAGAUCUACUCUGCGGGCGACGCGGUGUUGAUCCGUUUCCAUAGUGACGACACCAUCAGUAAGAAGGGGUUUCACAUCCGCUACACCAGCACCCAGUUCCAGCAGAACCUUCACACCAGGAAGUGAUGUCACAACACCCUGACCCCUAUCCUCACUGUGCCGACAAGACAACCACAGGCCCCUUCCUCCUCUGACUGACAGACGCCAAACAUACACACACACACACACACACUGUUUGAGGAGAGGAGUGAGUGUGGGUGAAUACCAGAGGAGAGAGGGGGAGGACUGACCAGUCCGUCUCUUAACAGGGGAGCUUCUAGAACUCUGAGGACUACAUGUGAAGAGACUGGAUCACAGCUUCACACUGGAACUGGAUUAAUGGAACUGCAUUAACAACUGGAACUGAAUUAAAUACUGAAACAGGCUUAAAUACUGAAAUUGGAUUAAAUACUGGAACUGGAUUAAAUACUAAAAAUGGAUUAAAUACUGAAACUGGAUUAAAUACUGAAACUGGAUUAAAUACUGGAACUGGGUUAAAUACUGGAACUUGAGUAUAAACAGGAACUGGAUUAUGAACUGAUCUAACAAGGACCAGUCCUACAUACAGAGAGCCCUGGAGUAGCUUAUUGACUGGCUGGCUGACUGUUUUACUGGCUGACUGUCUGAUUGGCUGGCUGACUGAUGGCUGGCUGAC